CGUAAUCGCCAUCGUUUUAUAUUCGACAUCGAGAUUGACUACUAUCAACCUCAAAAAUUUGGAUUUAUACGUGCGAGUGAAACGCACGUGUCGAUAACCAAGAAAUAUUGCCAAUUUAACUGCUUGUUCCGAAUUGAUAAUCCAUCGUUACACGAGAUGUUCAAAUUUCGUUGUCCUGRGCUUCCGUCUCGCACCGACACGUGUUKUAUAGGACGGGCGUGACGUGCCGGUGGUGGUUAUGUGUUCGAUAUCAACGACCAAUUGUUAAUGUGUAGGGCUCUGUUUACUACGCUAUUGCUGCUGAUAAUGGACGACCAAAGUAUCACAUUAGAUGUUAACCCUAAAGCAUACCCUUUAGCUGACCAACAGAUGACCACUAAAAUUUUGAACUUGGUGCAACAAGCAAUGAACUAUAAACAAUUACGUAAAGGAGCAAAUGAAGCCACCAAAACAUUAAACAGAGGUAUUUCUGAAUUCAUAGUCUGUGCAGCAGAUGCAGAACCUUUAGAAAUUUUGCUACAUUUACCAUUAUUAUGCGAAGACAAAAAUGUUCCAUAUGUUUUUAUUAGAUCAAAACAAGCAUUAGGCCGUGCAUGCGGUGUUUCAAGACCAGUCAUAGCGUGUUCUAUUACCACUGAUGAAGGUUCUCAAUUACGACCACAAAUACAACAAGUUCAGACUGAAAUUGAAAGACUAUUGAUUUAAUUUUGUACACAUUUUUACAUUUAUAACACUGAUUUGGAAAUAAUAAUAAUACUACAUCAUUGU